AUGAACUCGCUCGGUUUCGCUCUUGCGGCCCUGGCCGCCGGCGUCUCGGCGCUGCCUCUGGGGCCCCCCGUGCUUGCUGACGGCGCUUCGCCCUGCUGGAACCUCUGCCUGCGCGAGCCCGUCUGCCCGUCUGGAUUCUAUUCCAGGGGCUCGGGAGACUGCUACACUUGCUGCGAGAACCCGCGCGUGUAUGCCCGAGCCGAGGAGGACGUAGACGACAUCUACGCCAGGGCCGAGGAAGACGUGGACGACAUCUACGUCGACGACAUCUACGCCAGGGCCGAGGAAGACGUAGACGACAUCUACGUCGACGACAUCUACGCCAGGGCCGAGGAUGACAUCUACGACGACGUCGUCGUUCCGGUCGAGGACCUCCAGGCCAGGGACGACAGCGGCAACAGCGGCAACAGCGGCGACAGUAGCGACAGUAGCGACAGUGGAAACGGCGGCGACGUGGUCAUGUCGGCCCCGUCGCAGGCGCCGUCCAACGCGCCCGGCGUGGUCAUCCUAACGGCCCCGUCGCAGACGGCCGCCAACGUGCCCGUGUAUACGGUCCCGCCGCCGGCGGUCAGCGACGCGCCCGACAGCGUGGUCAUCGUGUCGGCCCCGACACUGGCGGCCUCCAACGGGCCCGGCAGCGUGGUCAUCCUGUCGGCCCCGUCACAGGCGGCCUCCAACGCGCCCGGCAGCGUGGUCAUCGUGUCGGCGUCCGACAACUUCGUCCCGUGGUCUACCGCCAUCCAGGCCACGGCACCCACCGACACCGGCGUGCCUCUGAUAUACGUUGAAAGCUCCGCCGCCUCCGGCCCCGCCAUCACCGUGCCCGCCGUGGCUCCCUCCGCCAUCACCGUGCCCGCCGUGGCCCCCUCCGGCAGCAUCGUGCUCAUCAACGGGCAAGCCUCCGUCACCACCACCACCGCCGCCGCCGCCACCAGCUUGAGCCCCGACUUCUACAGAUACUCGAGCGGCUUCGGCGGCGGCGUCUUCCACCUCGUCGACACCCUGCGCAAGCUCCUCGGCGCCCAAAAGGCCGAGACCGCCAAGCUCGCCGACGCCCUGAAGAAAGCCGAGGCAGCCGCCAAGGCCGCCGUCAAGGCCGACUCCGCCAAGGCCGGGUCCACGGUCGCCAAGGUCAAGUCGUUCUUCGGCAACCUCCUGCCGGGGCAAAAGGCCAAGAGCGGCAACGCGCCCGGCGGCAUGACCUCUUUCUUCGCCACCCCCAACUGGAAGCAGAACUUCGCUCGUUCCCUCGCCGACACGGUCAAGUCGGACGUCGGCAAGGCCAAGUCCUUUGCCGGCAACGCCAAGAACACGGUCCUCACCGUCGAGAACAAGGCGCAGGGUGUCGCCACCACCGUCGACGACACCGUCACCAAGGUCAUAGGCGCCGGCGCCGCGGUCAACAGCAAGGCCCAGGCCCUCGUCAACAAGGCCAAGCAGGACGUCAAAAAGGCCAAGUACGUCGCCCACGCGAUCUCCAACUUCGCCAGGGAGGAAGAAGAGCCGUCCAUCUUCGAGCGCGAGCCCGAGGAAUUCACCAACGAGUUUGGCGAAGAGGAGUGGAUCCUCUAA